UAUUACCAGAGUUCAUCUCAGAAAGCGGGUGGAUAUAUAUAAAAGCUAGUGCCAAUUUUUUCAUCAUCAUUCGAUCUAGACCAUCGUCGCUAGGCAAUCUAUCCAAAAUGAAAUUCGCAGUAGUUGCUUUUGCAGUGUUGGCCGUUGCCAAUGCCCAGUUUCCACGGGGUUUCGCCUCCUCAUUCUCCCCUGCCCCACGGAGGGCAGCUCUCCCACCACCACCACUACCCCCGCAGCCCCCUCGCCCUCAAGCCCCAGCCAGGGUCAGCGCUGACGCCCGCUCCGCCAGCAUCGUCAGACUGGUCAACGAAAUCAACCCUGAUGGCAGCUACAACUACAAUUACGAAACUGACAACGGCAUCGCUGCGCAAGAGCAAGGCGUCCCCAAAGCCUUUGGCGGCAAUCCCCCUGUAGCUCCUGUUGUAGCGCAGGGUUCCUUCUCCUGGGUCUCUCCUGAGGGUCAGCCUAUCUCCAUCACGUACACCGCCGACGAAAACGGAUAUCAACCACAGGGUGAUUCUCUCCCCACUCCCCCUCCAGUGCCAGAAGCCAUCCUCCGUUCCCUGGACUACAUCGCUAAAAACGCCCCGAGACAAUAGAUUCAAGAAUCUCAAUCCCUUGGCCUGAUAAAAGUUACUAAAUAUACCUAAUUAGUAUUGAAGUAGGUACGUUUGAUUGUGAUAUGCUUUAAUUGUUAUCAUGAAUUUGAAAUGUAAAUAAAGUUUUUAAAUACAUACUUAA